CAGAGUCUCAUUCCGCCACAGUCCAGUCUGCCGGGAGGGGGUUUUUCUGAACAGCUCCGCAUUUUCUCUUUUCAUUUGGACAUAGAACCAAAAGUUUAUAUUUGUUACAAUUAACUUUUUUAUUUAUUUAACGUAAACCAACACUUCUAUCUUAUUUAACAUUUUCCGUCGUAAUUUGUACAUAAAGGAAUAGCUAAUUUUGCCUUUUGAGAUCAGUCGGUAGUGCUAACAAAGAAAAUUGUUUCUCUUCAGUAAUAAUCCCCCACUACUCUCUUUAGUUAUGAGUCAUGUGGUCAUUGAUAAUCCACACGGUCUAGAUCAGCAGCUUGCUGCCCUAGACUUGAACUCUGAAGGUCAAGGCGGAGGAACUGGCAGACGCUACAUUCCACCUCACUUGAGGAACAAAGAUGCAGCCAAAAACGCAGGAAAUUCUUAUUCCGCUGGUAAACAGUGCGGUUAUUCAGUGGCACCAGUAAAUUUCUAUGCCCCUAAGCAGUGCGCCCAACCAUGGCAAGCUCAAUGUCAGCAAACACAGGGAAAUAGCUGUUCUUCUGGAUGGGAUGACUGUACGAUGGGUUACCCAAGACUGGCCUCUCAAGAGCUUGCCUUUUACCAUGCCUACAGUGGUGGUUGGCGAAACAGAUGCGAUUCACCUGGAUGGGAUGAAGGACGCACCAAUGGAUUUGUGAAUGGUUUCCAUGACAACCGUACAAAUGGGGGUUUCGGAGGACGUGGACCCCCUCGCAAUGACAGAGGUGGGCGUGGCGCCUACCGUGGUAACAGGGGCGGAGGCUCGUUUAAUCAACCAUUGCAAAGUACAGCAGGGUUUGGAGGCUAUGAAAACAAAGAUGGAGGCUGGGGAGGAGCUCCUAGAGAUGCUGCCUACAACAGCUUUGGAGGGCGUAAUGAUCGGUCAAAGUCUGCCUUCAAUGACCGUGGGGCAGGCUCCAGGGGAAGAUACGAGCGCGGAGGAUUUGCUGGUGGAGGAAAUAGCCGCUGGGUGGAGGACUCCAGAGAAGAUGACUGGUCCAAGCCCACCGCACCCAAUGAGCGUCUGGAAAAUGAGCUUUUUGCUGGAAGCAACACUGGGAUAAACUUCGAGAAAUACGACGAUAUUCCUGUGGAGGCGACUGGAAGCAACUGCCCACCACACAUUGAGAGUUUCCAUGAUGUGGACAUGGGGGAGAUCAUCAUGGGGAACAUCAACCUGACUCGUUACACUCGGCCCACUCCAGUCCAGAAGCACGCCAUUCCUAUCAUUAAGAUCAGGAGAGACCUUAUGGCCUGUGCCCAGACUGGUUCUGGUAAGACUGCUGCCUUCCUGUUGCCAGUUCUGAGUCAGAUCUACACAGAUGGGCCAGGAGACGCUCUCCAGGCCUCAAAGAACAGUGGACAGGAGAACGGGAGGUACAGCCGACGUAAGCAGUACCCAAUCUCCCUUGUUUUGGCUCCAACCAGAGAACUGGCUUUGCAGAUCUAUGAUGAAGCAAGGAAGUUUGCCUACCGCUCCCAUGUGCGUCCCUGCGUGGUAUACGGUGGCGCAGACAUUGGCCAACAGAUCAGGGAACUGGAAAGAGGCUGUCAUCUACUGGUGGCCACACCAGGACGUUUGGUUGACAUGAUGGAGAGGGGCAAGAUCGGCCUGGACCAUUGCAACUACUUGGUCCUGGAUGAGGCUGAUCGCAUGUUGGACAUGGGAUUUGAGCCGCAGAUCAGGCGCAUUGUGGAGCAAGACACAAUGCCACCAAAGGGCAUGCGCCAGACCAUGAUGUUCAGUGCCACCUUCCCCAAAGAGAUUCAGAUCCUUGCUCGUGACUUCCUGGAGGACUACAUUUUCCUGGCAGUGGGUCGUGUCGGUUCCACUUCAGAGAACAUCACACAGAAGGUGGUCUGGGUAGAAGAGAAUGACAAAAGAUCUUUUCUUCUUGACCUGCUCAAUGCCACAGGUAAAGACUCCCUGACUCUGGUGUUUGUGGAAACAAAGAAAGGAGCUGACGCUCUGGAGGACUUCCUGUACCGGGAGGGUUACGCCUGCACCAGCAUUCAUGGAGAUCGAUCUCAGAGGGACAGAGAAGAAGCUCUGCAUCAUUUCCGAUCUGGACGCUGCCCAAUCCUGGUGGCUACAGCUGUGGCUGCUCGAGGUCUGGACAUCAGCAAUGUAAAGCAUGUGAUCAACUUCGAUCUGCCCAGUGACAUUGAGGAGUACGUUCACCGUAUCGGCCGUACGGGACGUGUGGGCAACCUUGGUCUGGCCACGUCGUUCUUUAACGACAAAAACAGCAACAUAACCAAAGAUUUGCUGGACAUCCUGGUUGAGGCCAAGCAGGAGGUUCCCUCCUGGCUUGAGAGCCUGGCCUAUGAACACCAGCACAAGAGCACCAACCGUGGACGCUCUAAGAGGUCCUCAGGUUGUUUUGGAGCUAGAGAUUACCGCCAGACAUCAGGUGGCUCUGGGGGCUUUAACAGCAACCGUUCAGGGCGCGGCGCUGGAGGUCAUGGAGGAAACCGUGGCUUUGGUGGAGGUGGCUUUGGUGGCAACUUCUACAGCGACGGCUACGGAGGAAAUUACAACCACUCUGGUAGUGUAGAUUGGUGGGGGAACUAGACAUCAUAGGAACAGGUUGUCAUGCCAACCUAAUGAAAACCACAUGUUAACCUAAAGCCAGACCAUAACAACCUUCCCUGUGUAGCUUCACUGACAGACAGUACAUUACAACCCAAGUUCUCUGCCAUCGGCUUCUUCCACAAGGAAGUGCAGCACGACGCAAAGAAAACCACCAGUACGUGCCGAGCACUGGAGGCCGCAGAGAUUUGCACACCUCAGAGUGAGCAUGGAUGCUUACAUGCAUUGUCCGGCAGCAACCUCGGACUUUCAUUGUUCAGUCUUUUUGUUCUUAUUGUGGGGGGUACCCCACAUCCGGGUAACCUGAGGAUUAUUUGUAUGUUGAUGUACUGUGCCUUUUUGAAUUUAAACAGGAAAUAUAUGUUGUCAUUUCAUCAGAUGAACAUGGCCAAGAGCUCUAAAUUUGUUUUAAAUAUUUUGCUUAAAGAAGAAAAAAAAACAGAAAAGUUAAAGAAGCUUCGACUUAAACCUUGGCAAACUCUUGGGUGUUGUGGCUCUCGGAGUCAUGAUUCCAUUUGAACCUCAAAUUUCUACCAUCUUGUAGCCUUUUCUAUCGUCAAACAGCUAAUGGAGCCAUUACUUUCUCUAAAACUGGGCCACUCUGCGAAGCAACUGUUUUAAUCCUUAAGGGGACGAAGUUCCUUUAGUUUUUGUUUUCUGCUCACUCUAUCCUGGACAGGCUCUGUUUCAGGAUAUGGUCGACUUUGAUUUAGCCAUUCCUAAUAUAAUCUUAAGAAACACAGAAGUCAUUAAGCUCAGUGCCAACGAUCGCUGAGAUACAAACAAGAAACCAAUGCUGGAACUCCACACGUUUGGAUUGACUUGAUAGUGUUACGGCAGCUAGUAUGUUGUGCUAGCUACUUUAAGUGAACGGUGUUUUUGUUGCUUUUUACUUGACGUUUUUGGUGCAGGCGUAUGCAAAAUUUUUGAAAAAUUGAGUCAGUUUUUUGAAUCGUUUCUCUACAAAUGUGUAUCAAAGCAAUGCCUGCCAUCUUGAAAGUGAAGUUCAAAAUGGCUGCACAAAGGACCACAGCAUUGGGGGUACAUGGGUCUCACUGUGGUGUUGGUGUUAACUAAAUCGACCAGAAGCCACCAAGGCCCCGGCAGUAUUCUACGCUUGCAAGUGUUUUGUUUUUUGGUCAAGGAAAAAGGAUGAGAAAGUCGCAGGCUUAUAACUUAAUUACAAACAUUUUCUCUUUUCAAGCUGCGUUGGAGGCUUGGUUCAUCGUUAGGAGACAGACAUUGGAGUGAUCACUGAGGUUUUCAAUUAACCAGCAGGAAAACGGGGAGGGGGUGGUGGGGGGGGCAGCACUCCAACCACAGGGGGUUACGGCACAGGGAGACUUUCAGUGCACCGCCAUUGGUUUGCAUUGCAGCAUAAACUGAAGGUGGCGUGUUUACCUGCAUGGAACAUUUUAGUAUCAGGAAAAAAAAACAUUAAUGAAACUGGAGCGGCUUUUCCUCUCAGAGGAUCAGGAGGCGGCUACGUAGCGCUCCCAGUCCUCUUCAGGUGUGAUGUGCCUUGAAAUCUUUAUUUUUCUUUAUGGGAAAACAACAAAAAAAAAAAAUCUAAAAGCGGAUGCACUGACAGUAUUGAGAGAUUGAAUGGUGCUACUUGAUAUGCGUGUAGGCCCUUGUAUGUGGAGCCCAUCAAGUUUUACAAAAGUCGUUUUAUUGGACAUUAGAGUUUUAUAUAGACGUCUCUGACAUGUGUCCUUAAGCUUCCAAAUAUUGUGUGAGAGAAGUUUGUGAAAAACGCAGCUUGUUUACAAAGGGGAAGGGUUCUCAACGUUUAAAUCCAGGAUUUAUUUGGGACCAGGGGAUUUAGCAGUCGGGGGGGGGGGGGGGGGGAAUUUAGCCAUUUGCACAGAUUUCUAGAUUCUACUUUUGCUGCUAGUUUUGUGUAAUUUAUUAAGCAUUUUUGAAAAAUAUUUAUUUUUGUAAGCCUCAAAGUGAUACUUUGAAAGUUUCAGAAACUUGACCAAAAGACAGUACGAAAAACACUGGCACUUGAAUGUUGAAUGUCACCUGUAUGCGUGAAAUUUAUAUAUUUCGGGGUAGUGUGAGCUUUUUAAUGUGUAAGAUCCAUUGGACUCAGUAUAUAAUAUCCACAGCUGUUUCAGAGGCCUCCACAUGGCCAGCCAUCUAUUGGACCUUACUAAUUGGUCAUCAAAAUUCAAAAAUGGAUUUGAGCAAACAUGCCAAGGUUUGGAGUAAAGCUUUCAAAAGAGCAAAUAAAUUUCCUAAGCAUAUCAGUGCAGAAGUAUUCAGAUUCUCCAACUGUGUGCAUUAAUCCUUUAAUCUAAUUUGACUUGUUUUUUGUUUUCUAGUCAAUGUCUGGCACUUGGCAAACCUUUAAAGAAACAAACAUGUGGUUGAUUCGACUUGUUGUAUUUGCAUAAAUGAUACCUCUUGAGUUCUCCACGACUGUGGAACAGGUCUUUAGCUUUAUAUGUCAAGCAGCUGUUUUAGAUAACAAAAUAUAAGGCGCUGCAGCAGAACCGAAGACUUGUUGCACGAUUUUUAGAGAACCCCAGAGCUGUUUAGAUGUAGACUUUGCUUUUCUGUAUUGGCCUCUAGGCUGCUGCACUGCAUGGGAAAGUACUCAGCUGUGCAAAUUGUAAGAUUUUACCAAAAUAAAAUGUUUGGAUGCAAAAGUAUGAUGAAUAAUUCAAGCAUGUUUUGUGAAAAGUUGUUUACCGUAGAUGAUGCAGAAAAGACUUGUAGCAAGCGGCCUGCUGCCUUGUGUGGAAGUCAGGCAGACUGGUGGCAAAAAUUCAGUUUCUUAUGGAUUGGAUGAGCUUCAUUUCUUUUGAAGAGGAAAAUACAUAAAAAUGUCAUUUGUACUUUGAA